CACUCCCUCCUGCUAUAUAACCGCAGUUUGACAGCUCCGCUGUACAGAGCAGGAGGACUCAGACCGACACCCUGCAGCUGGAAACCGCUUCUCUCUGCUCCGGGACAGAAGUCCAGCCUGUUACCUUCGCAGCGAGCUUCGGUGCUCCCCUCAGUGCAUGUCUGCAGGUUUUUAACCCCCCCUCUCACCUGAGGACCUGACACAGUAUUUGACUUUCUCCAAACUGGAUUCCCGGAGCUCGUCGCCAUGUCUGCCCGGGUUUAGAUUCUCCAUGGAGCUCUCUAACCUGUAUGAGGUCGCGCCCCGGCCCCUGAUGAGCACCCUAAACCACGGCCAGCAGCCCCCCUCCGGCUACAGAGACCCGGCAGAACUCGGCGGUGAGAUCGGAGACAGCGAGACCUCCAUCGACCUGAGCGCCUACAUCGACCCGUCGGCUUUCAACGACGACUUCUUGGCCGACCUGUUCCACCACAGCUCCCGGCAGGACAAGCUCAAGAUCAUGAACGGAGAGUACGACUCGGUGCCGUGCGGCCCGGGGCCCCAGCAGCUCUACAUGUCCAACUACAUGGAGUCCAAGCUGGAGCCGCUCUUCGAGCACAACCCGCCGCGCAUCCGACCGGUGGCCAUCAAGCAGGAGCCCCGGGAGGACGAGGACCUGAACCCGGGCAUGCCUCCCACCUACCACCACCCGCACCCGCACUCCCAGCAGUACUCCCAGCAUUCCCAGCAGCAGCAGCAGCCGCACCUCCAGUACCAGAUUGCGCACUGCGCGCAGACCACCAUGCACCUCCAGCCGGGCCACCCGACCCCUCCGCCGACCCCGGUGCCCAGCCCCCACCAGCACCACCACCACCACCACCAACACCCGCAGCAGGGCGGCCUGAAGCUGCUGGAGCAGCAGCGGGGAGGCGGCAAACACAAGAAGCACGUCGACAAGAGCAGCCCGGAGUACCGGCUGCGGCGCGAGCGCAACAACGUGGCCGUGCGCAAGAGCCGGGACAAGGCGAAGAUACGCAACAUAGAGACGCAGCAGAAGGUGGUGGAGCUGACCACCGACAACGACAGACUGAGGCGGAGAGUGGAGCACCUGACCCGCGAGCUGGACACGUUACGGGGCAUCUUCAGACAGCUGCCGGACGGAUCCUUCAAACCCUGCAGCUGAGAGACUACUGAGCCGGACUGGAACCGGACUUGCGACGGACUGGUACACUGCUGGAUUUAUACACACAAACGGUUCUACAUGUGUCUGGACUGGGAGCUGCGGGGGGAGGGGGUGGGGGCGGAGGCAGCUGAAGGGCUCACUGCACAAAGUCCCGUCUCAACAAAUCAUCUGGUCUUUAGCUGAAACACGUGAAAUGUUUCCAGAAAUCAACACGAGCGAAUCCUCCAGUUUGCAGAGAAACCAGCACAUCGGGUUUUUAGGUAAAACAAGAAACUCCGAAGCGACUCACUUGUUUGUUUUUCUUGUUACAAGAAGUUUCUAGAAAAAAGUGUCAGCUCGUGAAACUGGACUGAAAAUGGCUCGUGAGUCUGGAAGCUUCCUGCAGGUGAGCUCACCUGUGCGUCCCGGACCCGUGCGGACUCAGAGACUAAAUGACUCGUUCAGACUGUACUUUGUGCAGCGUUCUGUGCCUUUUUAAACCUUUGUGAAAGCCGAUAAGCUCGUGCUCCCUGCAGACACAGCACAGGGCUGCUUGCCUUCGUGCCUUGCUCCUACAGACUGUGCGCGCGGCGCACUCAACUCACAUAUCAGAGCAGCUAAGGUGGGGCAUGGCGGGGAGGCUCCCGAACCGAUCUGUUGUGCAUGUUUUUAUUUUAGUUUGUUUUAUACAAGUUACCGUCUGCAUAUCCUCUCCUGAUUUCUGUCGUAGAGCUUUGAAAUGCGAAGUGCACGCUGCUUGCAUGUAGGCUGACCUGUAGAGUGUUUGUAUGUUUCUUUCCUUCCUGCAGAGACAAUAAUGCAUCGAUUCACGCUCAUGUUCUUCUGAAUGAGGUGCGGGGCUGGGGGCGGUGGGGGUUAUCUGUACACCGCUGGUCACAUGACCAACAUCCCGAGAUGCCCUCAGAGACAGAAAGGGGUCAGAGCUCAGUCCGCUGCAGGUUUUGGUCAAACUGAACUUUUUAUUCACUGAGACGCACCUGAGCAUCUGCUGCCAGAUGGAAACCUUGUAUCUCCAACCAGCCUAAGCAGUAAAAGCUCCAAACGUUUGUAAACGCUGGAAAACAAGGCUCCCUCUCGUGUUGUGGAGAUACGAUGUUUCUUGUCUGUACAGCUCUGUGUCUGGUGAUUACAUGCCAAAGUGAAAAAUACUCACACACAAGAAAAAAAAAAAAAAGACUGGAAAAGAAACUGUGGUACCUGCUUCAUCUCGUCACCGUCCAGUGAAAACCAGGCAUCUCCAAGCCCGCUGCGAGUGUGAAAGUGUUUUAAUGAGCUUUAGAGGAAGAGCAUGAUGCUCUCAGAGUAACCUGCAGACUUGGAGAUGCGUGGUCUUUUAAAAGGACGGCGACAGGGAAGCAGCUUUGUCUUGUGCACUAUUUGUCUUCGAACGAAGCACAGCGUUGUCUUCGACACAUGGGUACUGAUCUGAAAACAGAGGCACGCCUGUUUGUGUGUAGCUGAGAGAGAAACAAACAAAAAACUAAAUGUGAAAAGGGUUUCUAUGCAACAUGUCUCUUCCUCUUUUCCACUGUUGAAUCAUCACACACACACGCACACACACACACACACAGUGCCUUCUGAUCCUCUGAGAUGACCUUUGACCUCUUGCCGAUCUGCUCGUCAUGUUCUGUUGAGAAAGAUGUUUAAAGAUGAUGAUUUGUGUCAGCGAGGAAAAAGGAAGCACUUUUUUUUACAAACUGAUGUUAAACCAAUGUUUGUUUCAAAGGUAACGUCUCAAUUGUAAAAUAAGCCUAUAUAUAAAUAUAUAUAUAUAUAUAUAAAUAAAUAUAUAUAUGAAAUACCAAAAAAUCUGAAUUAUUAUAAUAAAAGAGCUUGUUUUAUCAGA